AUGGCGAAUGGUUCAGCUUUGCAGAAAGCGAUCGACAUCGUAAUGAAGGCGACAAAGGAGGAUCGAAACAAUAACUACGAGGAAGCGCUCGGGUUGUAUGAGUAUGGCGUAGAAUACUUUCUUCACGCAAUCAAGUAUGAAGCGCAGGGUGAUAAAGCAAAGGAGUCGAUACGAGCCAAGUGCAUCCAGUAUCUGAACCGGGCCGAGACGCUAAAGAUCUACCUGGAAAAGGGCAAGAAAAAACCGGUCAAUGAAAGUCAAUCGGCGGACCACAGUUCCGACUCGGACUCGGGUGAACCGGCGAAAAAGAAGCCGCAGGUGAAGCUUGAGGGAGCGAUCGUGAUCGAAAAGCCGCACGUCAAGUGGUCCGAUGUGGCUGGCCUGGAGGGUGCUAAGACGGUACUGAAGGAGGCUGUUAUUCUGCCACUGAAGUUCCCGUAUCUUUUCACCGGCAAGCGCCUACCGUGGAAGGGUAUACUGCUGUUCGGGCCACCCGGAACGGGCAAAUCGCAUCUAGCGAAGGCGGUGGCUACCGAAGCGAACAAUUCGACAUUUUUCUCCGUCUCCAGCUCCGAUCUGGUCUCGAAGUGGCUGGGUGAGUCGGAGAAGCUGGUGAAAAGCCUGUUUGAGCUCGCGCGUGCCCACAAACCUUCAAUUAUAUUCAUCGACGAGAUCGACUCACUCUGUACGGCCCGGUCGGACAACGAGAGCGAAAGUACCCGACGCAUCAAAACCGAGUUUCUAGUCCAGAUGCAAGGUUUAGGUAGUGAUAACGAGGGAGUCCUUGUCCUGGGCGCUACUAACACGCCUUGGAUCCUGGAUUCCGCUAUCCGGAGACGCUUUGAGAAGCGCAUCUACAUUCCACUGCCGGAUGAGCAAGCCCGGCGGGUAAUGUUCAAGAUUUAUCUCGGCAACACAGCUCACACGCUGACCGACGAGAAUCUGUACUCGCUCGCUGCAAAAACCGAAGGUUUUUCUGGCUCGGACAUCUCGAUCGUGGUGCGGGACGCGCUCAUGCAACCGGUUCGCAGAUUGCAGAGGGCGACCCAUUUCAAACGCAUAUCUGGUCCGUCCCCGGCUGAUAAGAAGACCAUCUGUGACGAUCUGCUUGUGGCCUGCAGCCCUGGUGAUCCGGAGGCUAUUGAGAUGACCUGGGUUGACCUACCAGGCGACAAGCUGUACGAUCCCCCGGUAACCAUGAACGAUAUGUUGAAAUCUCUUGCCAGCACGAAGCCGACAGUGAACGACAUGGAUAUGAAAAAGCUGGACAAAUUUUCAGAAGAUUUUGGUCAGGAAGGUUAA